AUUGACAUGAAAUGCAGGGAAAUACAAAUAAAGUAUCUUCUCAGUUUUUGCGCUUUAUUUACGUGUAUAGUCAUGUGAUGUUGAUCAGAGUUAUCGCUAAAUAGUCAGACUCGGUUCGUAAGAAAUUUAAACGUCAACACCUACCUGAUUUGGUCAACUCGGAUGAUGAUGAUCAUGAUAUUUGGUCAGUUUGUCGAGAAUGAUGUGAAGCCUGAAGGUGUUCUACAAAUAGCAUGUUAAUUAUUUGCUCUCCAAGAUUCAAUUAACUUAACUAAGAAAAUAUUGUGAAAGAUGGCUGGUCGAGUGGCAGUUGAAAGAACUCAUAUUUGUGAUGUUGUCGGAUGUAAAGAUGCAUGGCAAAUCUUAAGAAACAGAUCAUGCCUGAGUCGAGGGACUGCUGUUAAUUUGUGUGGGGUGCUGCAGACUAGGAGUGAGAUGAUUGAUAUAAAGGGGACGAAACUCUUCCUAAUCAAGUUAGAGUGUGGAAUAAACAUCAUUGUGAAGAAAAGCACCUGUUUACGAUGGCAUGAUGAAAUCCAGAUUGGCCAUGAGCAUGUCUACACCAAACUCAUUCCAACUUCAUUGCAAAAGGGAGGCAAUCAUCAACAUGAACUAUAUGCAGUUGAUGAAGGCAGCAAAAUGUAUAUAAGACACGAUGUGGACUUUGCAAUCAUAUCUGCUGAAGAAUGGCUUCAAAAGCACUCCAAACCAUCCUUCAGGAACACUGAGUUCAAGAAUAUACCUGCUCCCAUUGAGAAUUUAGAUCUGUUUUCUUAUAAGGGCACAGUAACACAAGUUCUUGACGUAUCAUUCCGAAUAUAUGAGUUAGACAAUGCAGUGAGGUUAUUCAUGAGUCAGUGCCCCCCUGCUGCUCCCAGACCUCGGGUUGGAGAUGAACUUCUUAUUCACAAUGCACAUCACCAACUCAACACAAAGCAUGCAAAGCUCCUAUUACACUGUUGUGCGCUGAGCUCCAUACAGAUAUCAAGUAAACGUGAAAGACUGGAGGACUCCACAGAUGUGCCAUCCAUCACUCUACAGAAGACACUGUAUGCCAGUCUGUUGUCGCAGAGUCAGGUGGAGAAUUUGUGUGAAAUCAAACUGAUGCUCAACCAGCAGUUUCCUCAGCCAAGAUUGUCAGACCGGAUGUUUUUGCACUUGAUGAAGACUGAACCCAGUAUUGGGUCCAUGUUUAUCAGCAACUCCCGGAAUGUUCUGGAUGAGUUCCUGACGUGCCUGCAUCACUGCCCACUGACAAGGAGAGAAACCUUGCCGGAGUUUGGCUUUGUCUGCAUCAAAGACCUUCUUCAGGUACCAUGGGACUCAGACUUUAUUCCCUCAAGUAUGAAACCUCCCACAUCAGAUUGGCAUCAUGGUGUCAAGCGCUUUGGUAGUCAGUGUUUAUUAGGCCUACUGAAGACAUCAGAAGAAACUGGUCAGCUCCUGCUAUGUGAUGCAACAGGUGCCCUUGAUGUGGUGACAUGCUGUAUCCAUAGCAACCCAACAGCAUCAUUGUCAAUGGCAACAUCAACAGAAUGUGUGCACAACACACAGACUGUCAACAUAGACAUGGAUACGGGCAUUGAAACUGAAAGCAUAGAUGGGGGUGAUUCUGAUGACAGCGGUCUGGAUAGAGCUGUAUUGAAACAUUCAUGUUUUGAUGGGUGUUGUUGUUCGUCUAGGACAUAUGGUCAAACAUUUCCUUGUUGCUAUGCCCACCAGUGUUGCCAGGGAAAAGUUGUUUGUGUUAGGAAUUUUUAUUUGGUUACUGAACCUAGGACAAAUAAAACUUUGAUUAAGAAAUGUAUGCCUUCUACAUCUGCACUGGAAUACAGUAGCUCUUAUAGGUAUUUAGUAUUAGAUUUGCUCAAAACUGGAAUGGUUUGCGAUUUCGGGAAGGAAAAAUGCUCCACAGUGAAAAGGAGUUGUUCUAGUGCAGAACUGAUGAGCAAUGAAAAUAAUGUUGGUUGUUCUGAUAUAAAAUAUAAACCAUCAGAUAUUGCAAAUGAUCAGAAGUUUAACAGCAGUGUGUGUCAAUUUGCAGCAACUAAUACGUUAAAUACUUGCAGUGGUGGCCAAGGUCAAGGCGUGUUACAUAAGCAUGAAAGAGCUGGUGGUGGGUUUGUGUUUUGUAGACAGUUGUCCUGUUCUGGCAGACCGCCCAGCCACACUAAUGACGCUGGUCUGACAGACACUGUUAAACCAGCUAAGGCUGACUGUACAAAACAGCAUGCUAAAGAUGUAGUGUCUAAACCUGAUGAGAUAGAUACAGAGGCAUUUGAGAAAGAGCAUGAGAAGGGGAGUUCUGACCUGAUGGAACCAGCAGAUAAAGUGAGGAUUUAUAGCAGAAGAAAGUCACAGUCAAAGUUCUCAGGUGAAAAGUGCAAUGAAUUGGAUAUUAACAAGAUCUGUGGGCUCCUUGAGGCUAGUGUGAUGGUGGAAAGUAAGGGAAAUUUCAUUUCAGAAAAAUUUGGAAAGAUGAAAGAGACAAUACAUCACUUUGUAAUGGAUUGUGCUCUCUUUGUUGGUUCCAAUAAUUUCAAGGUGUGCUUGCUGUUUGAAGGGCCACUACUCCGUCAUUACGGUGUCAUAUAUCCUGGCAUGUUCCUAAACUUUGUUGCAGCGAAGUCAGCUCCCUUGUUUGCCAUGAACAUUUCCAAUGUGAAGAUACAGAAGAUGGCAGUUAAAAGCAAAACAAGGAUACUUCUGUCUGUGAAUUCAGCAGCAGAUGUAUGUGAAACAUGGCAGGGGACUUGGUCCCCAUGGGAUACACUGUCUUCCUUAACUGCUGUCUUGCAACAAGGAUUUCAGAUUGGAAUAGUGAACUUUGAAGGGCUGGUAGUGCGAAGGAUGACCACUUCACCAGAUAGGGAAUCCUCACACAAGGACACUUGGUCAUCAGCAGGUGUUCCACAGCAAUGUGCACGACUUCUAGUGGAGGACAUUCUUCAUGAAAACAAAAAAAUCUGGUUGUAUGUGAAUGAAAGAGAUGCCAGAUGCCCCGCAGGUCUGAUCCCGGGCAGUCGGGCUGCAUUCUACAAUGUGGAGAGGAAGGUUGCAAAGAAUGGAAAUGUCUACUGCAGAUAUGUACAGUUUUCAAGUGUACGAAUACUCUGCUUUCAAAGUGAUAGAUUAGCGUUUUCCUCAAGGGACAAUGUCAAGAAUGAUAUUCCAGCCCAGGCCUCUGCUCUGCCUCUGGUAUUUCUGUCCGAUAUAUGGACACAGUCUUGCACAAGUCAGGUGUACACAAGUCAGGUGUACAGGUGUGCAUGUGACGUCAUCCGUGUCCCCAAGGUGUCCUUGAAAUGUACCUGCGGCACUUGCACCAGUCUGAUAGUGGGAGGGCAAUGUACCAGCCCGGGAUGCAUCACAGGAGAGACAUGGGACUACUCUGCAAGAGCAAGCAUUGUUGUGGACGAUGGCAGCUGUGUUGCCAUGGUAACCCUGACAGGACCCGAUGUACAGAGCUUACUUCAGCUGACUGAUGAACAAUGGAACGCUCUGAGGCAGGAAGUGUCAAUGGUCGGAGAAGUGUUUGUGCAAGGCGUAUGCCCUGUUCUUGAGACACCAGUACAUCAGUUUGUGCACAUGUUGUCAGAGAGCAGAAGCGUGAAGCGGACCUGGGACUUGCUUUUGGCCCCAAGUGUUACCAGAAUUGACAUCAACACCAUAGAGCCUGAGGAUUUCGUUUGGAAGGAAUUUGACACUGGCUCUGGGCGAGUCAACACUCAGUGCCUCCCCUUUCUACAACUGAAAUGCCUAAAGCUGAGCACGUUCUGCCCAGAAAGUAUCAUCCAACAUCAGAUGUGAACAUUGGCACGUGGGUAAAGUGUAGUCCCAGAUAAACCUGAGCAGCCUGCAAAGGCUUAUCAGAGACAAUACUUUCCGCCUACAUUGGAUUUGCGUUUAGAAGGGUCCUCAUUAAAACAACAAAUUCCAUAAAAUUGAAAAGUGUCAUCCUUGAUUAGCCUGUGCGGACUGCACAGUUUAAUCUGGGAUGACAAUUAAUGUGCAUGCAUUAAGUCCAGUGUUCUUUGAACGCCAGUCAUAUUGUUCCAAAAUCUGUUCAGUAUUGUGAUUUGUUAAACAAAUUUAAUGAUAAUAAAAGAAACUAAUAAAACCACACAAAGUGUAUGGUAUUCAUCAUGUACACCACUUUAAAAGAGGGAGGAUUUUACUAAUGAAUAGCAAUGGUCGGCCUGCGUUUCCAUCGGUUUGUCAGACCAUUCUUUUGCUACAAAAAAGUGUAAUGGUUGAGCCUAUGAAUGUUCUAAGGACUUAAUUAGAUUUUUUAAUAUAAUCAUCAAACUGGAUAAAUGAAACCCAAGCGUUUAAACGGGAGAAUGUUGUGAAAAUUUGGUACUCUUGUUUGUUUGUAUAUGCAAAGUUUAGUAUUACGGCAUUUAGAUGGCAAUUGAUGUUUGGAAGCACGGUAUCUCAGGGUUCUCAAAGUACAAAAAUGAAUGUAUACCAUAAAUACAUUGCAUUAGAAAGUCACAUGUUUGACCCCUUUAGUCAACUUACAGAUAGAUGUAGUGUUACCAUAUGUGUCCUCACAUGGCUUAUUAUGAGUUUAUAUCUUCACCAUCAAAAUAUAUGGUACGUUAAUAUUUGAUUAGUUUUAUUUUGGCACAUUCAAAUAAUACUUUCAUAUCUGCGUCUUGCGAAAAUGGGUCUUAUGGCGUUUUGGCCAGCGUAUCUAAAUCUCACACAUUGAACAGUGUUGUCAGGAGCUGCACUGUUGGCUAAACAAUUAAGUUUUGUGGUUUCAUUAGGUAUCUCCUGACCAGACUGCGAGAUCCGAAGCUGAGCUAUAGCUACGCUAACCGCAUAUGAGAAAAGACCCAUUUUCACAUACACGUGUCUCUAAAAAUCUCGUUGCUUCUUGUACAUGGAACAUUUAAGCCCAAUAUUCCGUAGAAAAUUGAAGGCAAACUGUGUUGUUUAUAGCAAAUUUAUGGGAAAUUCCGGUAGCCUAUUCAGGCUUUCAAUAAAGAUUUCCAGAGGUG